GCAUUGCAAAGUCACUUUAUCGCAAAAUAUUUCUAAAUCUCAUACGGUGUUUGUUGAAGUACUCUGUAUCGAUGAUGGAGUGGCUAGUAGCGAUAGAACUCUGUUUCCCAGCAUGCUCUUGUGUAGAACGUGACUAUGCGUUUUCUUCUUUUUACUGACCGUUGAUGGUAGUGGCGGAGGCAAAAAGGAUUAAAAUGUAAUUUAUAAUUGACUGCAACAGAUUGGGUUUAAUCUAUUUAUCGGAGACAUCAAAUGAUGGAUUCUGAAUCUAUUUUUUCCAUCCCUGAAAAUUGCUGGAAUUUUCGGUUUGACUGUGAAGCAACAGGAGUCGAUGGAUAAUAAACCCGGAAGGUGGCAGUGAUGCAACACUCAGGAGGCCAACUGUCGGUAAGAAGCCACAGAAGAAGUCGCUGCCAGACAGCGCAGCACAGUAGCCGAGUGCUAAUGCUGUUUCUGAGAGGAGGAGGUGGUGGAGGCGAAGAAGAAGAAGGAGAAGCGAUAACAGAAACGUCGCGCUGACCUGUGCUGGAAGCGGAAAGGAACAAUGAAAGUCACAGGAGUAGUUCUGUGAAUCUCCGACCGUCUCCGUGUUUGCUUUGUCAACGUGUGUAACAUUGUUUUCGGAGGCCUGUUGCUAACUACGGGAAAUCAUUGGGCUGGCCCGGGAAUAACCAACACCAAACAGGAUCUCCGAUGAUUGAGUUUUUUCAUCGUAUUUGUCGGAACGAGUGAGCUUCUCCAUUCACAAGCAGACGGAAGUUGUGCUGCUGCCGCAGCUGCUGCUUACUGUUCCCUGGCAUAAAUCAACGAAAGGCGAGAGGAGUGGAGUUUGACAGCUUGCUAACAUUAGCUCCCCUUAAUGUGUUUACAAGCUAAACCAGCUGAGAUCUUCUGAAGAAGCUCCACUCCGGUGUACGGGCCGCUGGUAGUGUUGACAUUUGUUCUUUUAUUGUUGAUUGUCGCUCUUAUUGUCUACUGUCUGCCCGUCUUUAGCUCGACAACCCGAUCAGAGGGUUUUCCAGCCAAGGUGAUCACAUCUGAAGUCUUAUCGACUGCUGCGCAAAGUUUGUUAUUACCUCACUGGGCUAGAAGAAGCAACAGCAGUCAUUUAUCUCCUCUGACCUUUCCCUGUUUUACUAAGAAAAACAGACACCGAUUAAAACAAAAUCCAAAGAGGUAUUUCCUGAGUUUUAAUGCCAUUCUCACUGUCCAGUUCAGCUCACUGUCCCGGAUGACGGCUAAAAGAGGGGUGUGGACUUCACUGUCACCAUCGGGUGUCCCCCGUUCUGCUUUGUGUAAUUAAUCACUCAUCAGCCUUCUUCAACUGCUGCACCCGAACUUACAGAUCUACUUUUGAGCAGAUCUGCUCCAAAAUAAACCAGGGACCAUCAUGAAUCGUUACCUUCCAGUGGCACGGCAGCACUUCCUGGCUGCUCUUGCCAGCACUAGUGUGGUGGUAAAGAGUAUAAGUGCUGUGGUGGUUCUCCUCUAUUUGCUGUCAUGGCCUGUUGACACUCCGUAUACACUGGGGGUGACACCAGGAUUUCUUUUUCCACCCAAUUUCUGGGUAUGGACACUUGUGACCCACGGAGUGGUGGAGCAACAUGUGUGGGGUGUAGCAGCCAACGUGGGGACAGUCCUGGCCUGUGGGCGCCUCCUGGAGCCUUUGUGGGGUGCUUUGGAACUUCUGAUCUUUUUUGCAGUGGUAAAUGUAUCGGCAGGCAUCCUGUCAGGACUGUCGUACCUCCUAACUUAUGUGGCCACAUUUGACCUGGGCUUCUUGUUUGGUGUGCGUGUCCAUGGAGCAGCUGGGUUUCUCGGAGGUGUCCUGGUGGCACUGAAGCAAACCAUGGGUGAUACAACAGUGCUGAGAGUGCCACAGGUGAGACUCAAAGCAGCUCCAGCCUUGGUGCUUCUCCUCCUGGCCUUAUUGCGCCUCUCUGGGCUGCUUGACAGCUCUGCCCCUCUGGCUGCGUACAGCUACGGUGCCCUUUCCGGCUGGGUCUACCUGCGCUUCUACCAGAGGCACAGCCGGGGUCGUGGCGACAUGUCAGAUCACUUUGCCUUUGCAAGUUUCUUCCCUGAGGCUCUUCAGCCGGUUGUGGGAUUGCUGGCAGGGCUGGUCCACUCCGCCCUAGUAAAGAUGAAGCUGUGCAGGAAGAUGGUGAAGAGGUACGACGUCGGAGCACCCUCCUCCAUCACUAUCAGUCUGCCUGGGACAGACCCACAGGAUGCAGAGAGGAGGAGACAACUGGCCCUCAAAGCGCUGAACGAGCGUCUAAAGCGUGUGGAGGACCAGAGUGCGUGGCCCAGCAUGGACGACGAGGAAGAUGAUGACGAGGAUGAGGUCAGAACUGAUACACAGCCUCUGCUUUCGGGUGGGCGUGACCUCUCCUCCAUGAUGAGACCAGCGGGAGGAUCCAUGGGUGUCUCCGCGUCUUUGUCCUCGAUGUCUCAGAGCAGCGGAGCGUCUUCAGCCGGUGGAGCACAACACCCAGAAUCCAGCAUUAUCAGCUUUGAGGAUGCACCUUCUAGAUCCUAACCUUCAGAACGUCCUGAGGUGUGCGGACGAUGUGCAUUGUCACUGGCAGAUGCCGGCAGUCGGUGUCCGUAGCCAGUAUACUAAUGUAAUAAGUGAUUAGGUAUAUGCUCCGUAACACACACACAAGUCUCUGAAGAGUUUAAACAACGCAGCAGUGUACCCACAACUCUUCUGUCGAUUUCAUUGUGAAGCCCAGAGAUGUGGCACCUGUACAGUGCUGUCACUCCAGGUCCAGUUCUGGUAAACGAAUUGCUCAACAACGCUUAGUUCUUCUCAUGCAUUCUGCAAACAAGGAAAGCUGUCCAUACAUUCUCUCUGGUCCAUCUAUAUUUCUGACUUGGAACCCUGUCACAUGCUUCAUGUCGCUUUCUCUUGGUUUUCUAAGUAAAUAACAACAUGGGUGUACAAUAUUUGUUUUUUGUUUUUUUUUCACAGAGCAGCAGCAAUCGUUUGCUGAUUGACUGCUGAGAGAAGAUUGUAAGAGACAAACACUCAUGUUCUAAAAUCGUUCUAUUCUGGGUGAAAAGCAGACUUUUAGUGCUUAACAUGAGAAAAGCAUGUGGACCAGAGAAAGGAAUCGGCUGCAGGGCUGACCUUUUGAUGAACUCUAUGUCCAAACUCAAAGUGCCAGGUGGAAGAAAAAGGAAAAUCCAAACCAGGCUCAUCUGCUGGCAGGUUUGUCAGUUGAACAGCAGAAGAACUGACUCUACCCAUUGUUUUAAUUCCUGAAGUUCUCACAGAGGAGCUGUUUUUCAUUUUCCUCCUUAAGUCUGUUAACGACUGAAGAAAAUCAACAAAACCAAGAAGCUCUGUGUCUGUGCAUUAACAGAGAAACGUGUGAUUGGUGUUGUUUUCAAACAGAUGCUGGGAUUACCUUUUGGAUUACUCCUGGGUUUAUUAUUACAUUUUUAACGAUUCAUUUUAAAACCUGUACCAUGUUGCACUUCCACAUAAGGGUGUAAACAACAUGAAUCAGAAAUCACUCUCUAGUUAAUCUGAUUGCAGAGCAGUGAAGGAUGUGUUUGUUGGGAUUGUAUUGGUCAUUUGAAACCAUUACAAAUGCAGAAAGAUGCUGUUGAAGGUUAGAUGAUAGCUUGGUUGGGUAUGAGCAGACUUUUGUGUUUGUUUUUUUUUUUUUUUUUUUUUUUUUUUAUUUAAAGAGUGAAAUCACAGUGAGAUGUUGACAUAAAGAUUGUGUUGCGUCACACACUGAGUCAUGAAGAUUGGUGAUCGAAUGGAAAGAAGAUUCCAGCACUGAUUUGUGCUGCAGGUUCCUGGGUCACAUUUCUUGUAUGGUUUUUUAUGUGUAGAGAGUGGUAAACUGAGGGUGGUGGUGAGUGAAUUCCUUGGGGUGUUAAAGGGUGCUUGAACUUCUUUUAAAUAUUCAAAAUUAUUAUUCAUAAACUCCUUGGAGACAGAAAUAUCAGUGAGAGAUUUGUUUCAGUGACAGUCGCUGUACCAUUCGCAUUUGAUUACGUUAGCAAUCCAUUCAGUGCAAUCCCUAUUUGUCUUUAUUGAUUAGGUCGGUCGCACCUAAUAAAUUACUAUGGAUGUUGCAAUUAGAGUGGUUGCAAACUGACGUGUAAAGCUUUUUAAAUUGUGAUUAUAAAGUUGGAAAUGUCUUUACAUUAAUUGAAAAUGUCCGGUUCGAAGGGAAGGAAACUGUCUGGUUUUGAUGCACACAUUAAAUGGUUUAAAAAUGGGAUGUUGAAACCAUCUUUCAUCCUUUUAAUGCUGAUUAAGUCUUUGGUCUUUUUUUUCUGGUAGAAGAAACUCAUUACAUCCUGCUGCUGCCUGUCACUCUACAGGCGACUGCAUUUGAAAGACAAAUGUAGAAGAUGAUUUAUGGUCUUUGUUAUGGACAGGGAUAUUUAACAGAUGAUUUACUCACAGAGGACUGGGAAGCAGAAUUUUCAGAAACCACAAAGUGAUUGGUUUUAAUUAAGACAUUGACCAUUACAUGUUAAAGAUGGAUGUAUUGUGGUUCAAAUCCCUGUUCUAACUAACAACCUGUUACGUUUGUAUGGGAGACAAUCCAGGAGAUGCCUUAUAGAUUAUUUAAUUUUGUAAUGUGUAAGUGAGUGUUCAGUGACCACUGACGACAACAUGACCAAAACCAGUUCAACUUCUGUAAUUGAGUUAAUACAGACUGGAGUAUCAAAUAAACCAAAACCCCUCCUGCUGUAUACGUAAACUGCAAUACUGUACUACUUAAAUUACAACAUGAAUCUUAAGUUGUACAAAUUCCAAUUAAAAAAAAAGUUACUCAAA